AGGCCGCACCUGACAUCCACCUUGAAAGACUAAUAAAACUACGUCCGGCCUCCGCCUCGCCUCUUGCUGUUUGCCAUGCGUGCAGCUCUCUGAAGACCUAUCUUCACACCACGGUGACAGUGUCUAUGUAAGCCCAUAUAGAAGAUCACGUAGCUAUGAUUAUGAAAACAAUACCCAAUUACCCACUCCCACAGUCUACAGUGAGUACGCCUGGGCCGUGUAAGGCAGCUUUGCUUUCAAAUACUUGGUUGGAGUCACUGAACUUGGUACUCUGACAGAAUAUCCUAAAAAAGGCUGUGGAUCUGGCGGAUUGACUUAAACGGGAGCAUCCCUUGAAUCUCAUUUGGAUCUGCACCUGCUUUGAGCGGCGGUGAUGGAGAGGGAGGCGGUGUCGCACGGGGGCGACUGAGCAGGUGGUGCGCCGGGAGGAGCGCCGCCGCCGCCGCCGCCGCCUCUAGACUUCACAGCUGCUUGUUGUCAUGGAGGAGCAAAGAUGGCGGUCCUGGCCUAUAGCCUGGGCAAACGCGAAAUAAAUCAACAUUUUACCAUUAAAAAUGCCAAACUAAUAUCGGUAGUAGUCGUUAUUUUACUCCUCGUGUUUCACACAGCUUCGCGGUAUUAUGGAGGUGGAGACUCAUGUGAAUGGCUGCUGUCCAGAGGACGUUACUUGGGGGAGAACGUAUGGCAGCCUUAUGGCUGUAUGAUGCACAAAUACAAAAGCAUUGAAGCCAAAACCUGCCUUACUGAAAAGCGGGUGGCCUUUGUUGGUGAUUCACGAAUCAGGCAGCUAUUUUACUCCUUCAUCAAAAUUAUUGACCCUGAGCGAAGAGAAGAUGGAAACAAGCACGAGGACAUUUCCUUUGAAGAAGAGAGUUCCUCUUUGAAUGUGGACUUCCUGUGGUAUCCCGAGGCAAAUAAUUCAAUGAAGGAACGCUUGAUAUCAUGGACACAUGAAGCUUCACCAACGCCGGAUGUUGUCAUCCUUGGAGCUGCCACAUGGUCCAUCAAGUUGCACAGUGGCAGCAGCAAGACCCUGCAGCAGUACAAAGUCAACCUGACGGCCAUUGCUGUGCAUCUAGAGAAGUUGGCUGAUCAGGGAGAGGUCUACUGGGUGCUGCAAGACCCCGUAAAUGAGGAGGUUUUGAGUGAGAACAGGAAGAUGAUCACCAACCAACAGCUGGAGCUGUACAAUGAAGCAGCUGCAGACGUGCUCAACAGCAGCAAGCGUAAUGGCAGGUCCCGGGUCAAGCUGUUGGCCGCGUCUCGUCAGGCGGCACUGGAGACUAUCACCCAGUCAGAUGACGGCUUGCACCUGCCUGAGAGCACCAGGAAUGUGGGGGCCAUGGUUCUCAUGAACUCUGUGUGCAACAAGCUACUGAGGCCCAUAGACGGCUCCUGCUGCCAAACGUUACCACCACCCAACUUCCUCCAGAAACUGUCAGCUUGCUUCUUCCUUGGUUCAGCCCUGGUCUUUCUGGUCCUCCACAUCCUUGGCAACAACCGCCACCGCCGACCUGUACCCCCUGACAUGGAGAGCCUAGAGGAGAAGAAGCCAACAACUGCAGCUGUCCCCUUGGGUCCAAAGGCGCCCUUCCAGGCUCUCUGCAGAAUGGGCAUCAUCAUGGGCUAUUUUUACCUUUGUGACAGAGCAGAUGUGUUCAUGAAAGAGCAGAAGUUCUACACACACUCCACGUUCUUCAUCCCUCUCAUCUAUAUAUUUGUCUUGGGAGUGUUUUACAGUGAGAACAGCAAGGAGACCAAAUUACUGAACCGUGAGCAAACAGAUGAGUGGAAAGGCUGGAUGCAGCUUGUGAUCCUCAUCUAUCACAUAUCUGGUGCCAGUGCUUUCAUUCCAGUGUACAUGCAUGUGCGGGUGCUGGUGGCAGCAUACCUUUUUCAAACUGGCUACGGACACUUUUCCUUUUUCUGGCUCAAAGGAGACUUUGGACUGUAUAGAGUGUGCCAGGUUCUUUUCCGUCUAAACUUCCUGGUCUUGGUGCUGUGUGUGGUAAUGGACAGACCCUAUCAGUUCUAUUACUUUGUCCCAUUGGUCACCUUCUGGUUUGUCGUCAUCUACGCUACGCUGGCCACGUGGCCUCAGAUCCUUCAGAAGAAGGCCAACAGUAGUGGCAUAUGGCACCUUGGGGUCCUGGCAAAGUUACUGGGCCUUUUGCUGUUCAUUUGUUUCUUUGCCUUUUCACAGGGUUUCUUUGAGAGUAUCUUCUCCAUGUGGCCCAUCUCCAAGCUCUUUGAGCUGAACGGAAGCAUCCACGAGUGGUGGUUCAGAUGGAAGCUGGACCGAUUUGCGGUGAUACACGGCAUGUUAUUUGCCUUCAUCUAUCUGGUGCUGCAGAGGGGCCAGGUGCUGUCAGAGGGCAAAGGAGAAGCUCUCUUCUCUGCCAAGAUUACCAACCUGCUCCUCUUCUUCUCUGUUGUCUCCUUCAUAACUUACUCCAUAUGGGCCAGCAGCUGCAAAACCAAAACAGAGUGCAACGAGAUGCAUCCUUACAUUUCUGUGGUCCAGAUUUUGGCCUUCAUUCUCAUCAGGAACAUUCCUGGCUAUGCCCGCUCUAUAUAUAGCUCAUUCUUUGCAUGGUUUGGAAAGAUCUCCUUGGAGCUGUUCAUUUGCCAGUACCACAUCUGGCUGGCAGCAGACACCAAGGGAAUUUUAGUCCUGGUUCCAGGAAACCCUUCACUCAACAUCAUGGUCAGCACCUUCAUCUUUGUUUGUGUGGCUCAUGAGAUUUCCCUCAUCACCAAUGACCUGGCCCAGGUGGUCAUCCCCAAAGACAGCAUGUCCCUGCUGAAGAGAGUGGGGGCCGUAGGGCUCUGCAGUCUGGUCGUACUGCUGCUAGCCAGGGGCAGCCAGCCCACACCCGGCGCCUGAUAGACACCCCUAAUGGGGGGGCGCGGCAGACUCACUAAGCCCCUGCUGAGAUCGAGGCGAUGUACAGAUUCAAGCCAGCGGCAGGCCCGGGGUUUGAGGCUACUGGUGGCCACAGGAGACAACCUCAGUAGAGCUGAGUGACAACAAGGAACCCAUGGGAGCUCACCGCUGGCCAUGUUUGAGCAAGAUUCUGUACUUUUUGACUGCUGUGAAAGUCGCACACUGAAGAAAAAUGCCCAGAAAAGGGGGAAUUGCUCCUUUAAGGGCAAAGUGCAAAUUUCACAAGAGAAAAAUAAAACAAAACAAAACAAAAACACUCGACACGUUUACAUUAUCUGGAUUCGACAGAGAAGCAGAAGAGAAAUUUGGAGAUGUGGAGUUGUAUUUAAAGCGAAAAGAGGUCCAUUCAUUUCAAGACCUCGUGAUUCCUGUGUGAAUUUUUGCAGCGCUGCUCCAAACACACAAAUAAUGUUCUUUUGUCACACACAGUACUUCCUGUCAUUACUUCAAUCUAGAAGGGAUCACUAGGCACACACUCCGUCCACAUGUCAAUAGCAGUUUUAGGUAUUUUCACUCAGGUGGAUCCAUAACCCACAUAUUCAGAUAUCUACUCUUUUACCACAAAAUGUUCAAUUGUGCUGCAUUUUAAUAUCAGCAUUACUUUGUACAGUGUCUCUGGUGAUUUUAAAAUAGUGUUAGAUAUCUAAAUAUGCAAAAUAUGGACCAACAACUGGUUUGGGUGAUCAAAAAACUUUCAAGACUAAAACAAAAAAUUGGAGUGCAAUUGUUAAAAUGUUGGAAUAUCCCUCGACAUGUUUUUGCUAAUGUUCUUGUGAGUAAUUUUAAAAAUGUUUGCCUUGUGCUGAAAGGUACUGUGGUCACCUGCUGUAGCUCUGAAAUUCUAUGUGAUAUGUACAGUAUUUAAUGAUUUAAAUGAAGCUUAUAUUUUAUACUAUUUUUUUUUUUUUUUUUUGGCUUUGUUUUAUUCUGUACUUUGCGCCCAUGACUGCUGUUUGUGACGGAAGUAUUACAUAGAUCAUUUCGUACCCAUCCCAGCAUUUCAUAGAUGAUUACCUGCCUCAGAGUCACACUGCGGAGGUUGAGCCUUUACAGUAUACCGCCUGACUGUCCUCUUAGCAGCUCACUUCAUAGUCUGUGUAUAUUUGUAUGAUAGAGUGAGAGAUUUAUUUUAUACAGCAAUGCUUUAGCAGUGUUCUUAGUCCUUUAUCCUUUCAUUGUCAUUGAAAACACUCCUCGUAGCUCUGUUGGAAAAAGCUGGGUUGCACAUAUUAUUGUACAAUAGGGCUAACAGCUAAGUAGCCAUCCUCCCUCUGCUGUCACAGCCAGUGAACUUUCUGGUCAGUGAGUGGGUGAGUGAGUGAUGUCUUCGACUGAAUGCCUUUGAUCAUACACCUUUACUCAGUGGCUUAUAUGUAUAGCACAUCUCUAGAUAUACUUUGUCACAUCUGUGAUGUAGCCUGGGAUCACAAUCUUCCAUUGUUACGCACUUUGCAUCAGGGCCACAUCAACAUUUAAAGACAACUACUUGCUAAUGCACUGACUGAGCUGAGAAGACAUAUUACUGUUGCUUAAAGGAAAAUAUUGUACUUUCUGACAGUUGACAAAUGGGCAAUGUCUCUGCCUGUUUGUCCUCAGACAUUUAAGAGAGAUUAGCACUUUUACUUAAAGGACUGCAUUUUUAUUUUCAUCUCUGAGGUGAAAUACAAUGUUUAACAUGGUACCAGUGCAGAUACUUUAUUUACAUUCGCACAUUCUUAUUGGGUAAAUCAAAUGUUUCGUGAAGAUCAUUUGGCAAAUAAGAAAUAGUAUUGUAAGAUCCAAACUGUAUGGCAUAUGAAUUUCGAGUUACAUAUUUCAUCUACCAUGGGGUAGAAAAAGAUUGCAGUGUCAGUUGUUUUCUACAUGUUUUUGUAAUGUCAUCAUGUUCCCUUUUAAUGAAAAACAUGGGUCCACAAAGGAUGACCCCUUAAUUUAAAGUGCAACAAUUUGUCUUCAGCUUUCUCCUGUCAUUUAUCUGAUUAUGUAGAGUUCAGGUUGUGUUCUCAAACUGAGUAAGUAAAUUUGUAAUUUAUAUAACCAGUCAUCACCUCUUUGUAUAAAUAAGGAUGGCAUUUCCAUGCUGCAAUUUCCUUUUUUGUGUAAAGUUUACUGGUCCGUUUACUUUCUCGUCUCUAACUGAUCAGUAGCGAUAAAUUUGGUAAAUGUUUCAGGCCUUAAUAGAUCUCUUUGGUCAUGUAAAACCAACAACUAUUUAUACCCCCUGUGCAGGACCUCUUUGAAAUAUGUUACAUGUACAUUCUUUUUGGUGAUGUCUUCAAAAAUGUGAACUGUAUCCAUAUUAUUUAUAAAUGCCUUUAUUCUGUUGUACAUUGUUAAUAAUACCUUCAUAAAAUGUGCUGUUUAGGCUGCUUUUUUUUUUUUUUG